AACAGGCCGUGGAGCAGUCUUUGGAUUGACUUGGAUAACUUGAUUCUUGUUGAGUCUUAUUGAUUCUUGUCAUAGCAUAUAUGUCUAUGAUUCUUGUGAUUCUUGUAUACGGUGAUUACGGUGUGUGAAUUAACAGAAAAAUGGGAUCGAACAAAAUAGAAUUAUAUGAUCUCUCUCCAAAGGCCAGAGAAGUCAUAGAAUGGAGAGCUGCGAGGAGAAAAGUAUUACGUGAAAGUUAUUUGAAACAAGUUCAUAAUCCAAUAAAACAACAACUUAUCUUGGAUCAUGGGAUACAUAGAUAUGGUGUUAUGAGACUCACUCAUCAAUAUCAGAUGAAGAUAACUGGGAGAACUAUGUUAUUCAAUUUGGGUGGAGUGUUUGCAUUCAUAUGCUUAGCUACAUGGACCGUAAAAACAUUGAAGGGUAAACACGAAAACUUGUUACGUAAUGGACAUAUAAGCUAUGCUGACAGAUGUUACACAUUUCCUAAUUAAUAGUGAAUCUGUACUUGAAUAGCGUGUUUGUAAAUGUAGAAUGUAUGUAUCAAAAUAUAUUACAUUUAUCUUACAAAUAAAAGUAAAUAUAAUUA